GACUCAGGGAAGUGACUCGGUGGGGCGGGGCGGAGUGGGGUCGCUUGUCCCAGCUCUGUCAGCAUGUCUUCCCUGACACGGUUGGCAUCUUUCGCUCGCGUCAGAGGCCGCCUGUUCCGAAGCUGUGGCGCGGGGGCGGCAGGACACGGAGUCCGUCAUGCUGGUGGUGAUGUGCAUAUCACGCCCCGGUACAGACAGUUUCCCCAGCUGACCAGAUCCCAGGUGAUCCGUGGUGAGUUCUUAAGCUCGUUAAUGUGGUUCUGGAUUCUCUGGCGCUUUUGGCAUGACUCGGACGCUGUGCUGGGUCACUUUCCGUAUCCAGAUCCUUCCCAGUGGACAGAUGAAGAACUAGGAAUUCCUCCUGAUGAUGAGGACUGAAAGUAUAAGCUCAGCUAUUUAAAAGAGCAAGGUGAGGAAUUUCAAGCAAUUAUGAACUUCAUAUAUGUACAUUGAUGUUGUAAAUUAAAGUGGUUUGGCCAAGAACAAA